GAAAAUUGUUGUACUCAUAAUGACAGUUACAAAGUUCAUGACUAUUUGUCAUGAAUUAAAACAACAAUACAUCAGUUUUUAUCAUGUCAUACUGCUAAAAAUUGUCUUGCUUUUGUUUAAUUAACAAGACAUUCAAACCUAAAAGUCUAAAAUAAUAAUAGCUUUUGUAAAAUUUAAUUUUUUAUUUAUUCAAUUAGGAGAAAAAAAAAGAGAUUUGUUUUUGAUAAAAAAUUUUGUGAAAUUUAAUUUUCUAUUCAUUCAAUUAGGAGAAAAAAAACAGAAGUUUUCAUUAUUUUUUUCUACUUUACAGAGAAUUCGUAUUGAUGACGAUCCAAACGAAAACAACUCAGCUAUUCCCCAGACUAAAACAGGUGCGCAGACUCGUUUUAUACAUGAAAUUUCAACGUCCAAAUUAAGAACAAUUUUAAAUUAUCAUAUGGAUACGAAGUCUGUUCUUAUGCAAACACAAAAAACUGGAAAAUUCAAUGAACAAUAUGCCCAGCUAGUUGUCAAUCGUGUGGUUGAAACUUUGAUCGACAAAUUUGAACAUAAAAAUUGGGACGAAGAGCACUUCGAAAAGAUUGGCAAAAAUCUAGCCACUAUUUGUAAUGCUAAAGACUCAGUAUUUUGGUCUUUCAAGAAAGGAAAAAUCCGUGAAAGAUUCAAAAAUUAUACCCAAAAAUGCUUGAAGAUCCAAGGUCUUGUAAAGCAAAAGUCUAAUAAAAUCGAUAUUGAUUUAAAUGCCGUCAAAUUACCUGAAAUAAAUGAUGAUUCUGAAGUCAAUAAAAGUAUUGUUUGGCUAAAAAAAAAUUCUGAAGGAGAACUUGAAGAUAUCAUCAAUCAUUGGGUAAAAACUGAAGAAUAUAGGAAGCAAUGGAUGGAUUUAAAUAAAACCAAAACAGUUGAAUUACUUCAUCAAGAUUGGCCAAUUUUAAUGAAUCCUAAAUAUGGUCCUGACCUUGUUUCACAUGAUUUUGACAACAUGAAAGUCAACGGUAACAUCGAUAGUAAUUGGGAUUCAUUUUUUGAAUAUGUUCAUGAAAAUUUCAAGUGCAAAUCACACAGUAAAGAAUGUAAAAAAAUUCUUGAGUGGACAGAAGUUUGCAUCUCAACUUCAGGAGGCAAAAUGAUGUGCCAGUUAAUACACCUUGCUUAUUUAUUUCCUUUAAGAGGAAAUGGUAAACUUCAAUCUGACUCCAAAGGAAAAGGAAUAAGCAUUGUAAAUAGUACGAAUUUGUCAUGCAAAGACUGUAGCAGAUAG